AUUGCUCCCAAAAGAAUACAUCGGUAUGUCUAUUCCCCUUGAAUAGAGUCUCCCCAAUUAUAAUAUCGGGCAUCAAAAAAAUGACAAGAGUGGGAUUUGAACCCACGCCCCUUUCGAGACUGGAACCUUACUCCAGCGCCUUAGACCAACUCGGCCAUCUUGCCUUAUAAACUGUCCUCCGGCAUAUCUGUUACUAUCGGUCUGCUACUUCAGAAUGAUUUCCAUCAGGCAUGCUCGCCUUUUCCACUCGAUCCGAUCUGCCAGGACAAACAACUAUUUCAGCUACACCUCCGGUCGCUGGCUGUUCAACGAGCAGCAGCAACUGGACAAACGAUACAUCGAGUUCGACAUUCCAGCCCUGCAGCGCAUCGCCGGCCAGGCAGUCGGCAGUCGAUGUAUGAAGAUGGACAAGCUGCCCGAGGGACUCUUCAACAAGGUCUUCUCCCUGCACAUGGAGAAUGGCAAGGAGGUUCUGGCGAGGAUUCCAAACCCGAACGCGGGUCAUCCACGUUACGUGGUGGCGAGCGAGGUCGCAACCCUGGAUUUUCUUCGAACUGUUCUCGAUAUACCGGUUCCGCGGGUUCUCUCUUGGAGCUCGUCACAGCCUAACCCGGUGGGUGCAGAGUAUAUUCUCAUGGAACGGGUGCAGGGGAAACAGCUCAACGAGGUCUGGGAUGGUAUGGCUGAGACACAGCGCUUUGGUCUGGUGAAAAGUCUGGUGGAUGUUGAACGGAGACUGGUCAAAGCGAGAUUCUCCCUUCACGGCAGCUUGUAUUAUCGAAGUACACUCCAGGACACAAGCAUUGGGUUUCAGGCAGAUCCCACCGUUCCAUCUGAAUUUGUGUUUGGUCCGACGACCCAGCGGUCCUUUUGGGAAGACGGAAAACAAGCCUUGGAUAUUGACCGCGGUCCUUGUGGGUGGCAUUCAACUCUUUAUCGCAAUCUUCCAUCACAUCUAACAGUACCCAUAGGGAGAACUGCGCAGGAGUACCUGACGGCUGUCGCGAACCGUGAGAUUGCUCGCGUACAACGUCUUCAAAAAUCCAGCAAUGUCGCCGUACCUCCAGAGAGGAUUCCACAGAGCCGUGAGACUCAUGUUCGCCUCCUUGAGCAAUUCCUCGCCGUGCUUCCUCACAUCCUACCACCAGAAGACACACUCUCUCCCGUCCUGUUACACCAUGAUCUCCAUCCGAACAAUAUUUUCGUGGAUGCAUCCGACCAUACUCGAAUCUCCGGCAUCAUCGACUGGCAGGCAGUGUACACAGCCCCGUUGUUCAUCCAGGCCAAGUUUCCCUCCGUAUUUGACUGUGACGACCCAUAUCCAUGGGGUGCAGUCCAGCCCCAGCUACCAAAAGACUUUGAAUCCCUCUCACCGGCUGCAAGGGAGCACGCAGAGUCUGCACUGAGCAGGCUGAGACUGAAGAAGUUCUACGAACUGGCGUCGAGGAAAUUCAACCCACCUCUCAUCCGAGCCAUGGACAAGAUGAGAAACGACGAGGACCCGACCACCACCUUCAUAUUCCAUAUCCUCGGGCAGUCCUCCGAGGACGGUCCGGUUCCGCUCAGAGAACUCUUGAUCCAGAUCUACGAGAAAUGGGACUGGAUCAUGCAACGGCGAGGGUCGGCGAUACCAUGUCCUAUCUUCUUUUCGAAAACGGAGAUCGACGAAAGUCGACAGCAGGCAGAAGCCUGGGCGGAUGUAUUCGCUGACUUUGAAACUCUGCGAGAGACGCUUCUUGGAGACGACGGCUGGGUGUCUCAUGAGGAUUAUGACGAGGCCAUGCGCAGGUGGGAGGAGAACAAAGCAACGCUGGAGAAUCUGAAGAAGCGGUUAGAAAUGAUACUCUAUGCCUCAAUACUGUUCGCUCAAUCUGUACAGAGGUGAACUCACCGAAGGAUCCAGUGUUGCACUCUUUACCCCCAGUCUCGUUUCCGUCAGUUGGUAUGAUCAGAGAGUCAUAUAGUAGUAAUGUACUUCUCUCUCUCGAUAGACGUCACUCUGUUCUGAAUCUAUCACGGU